AGCCGAAGCUGCAUUCCUCUUCUCUCCAGUCACACGCAGGGAGCCGCUGGAGGGAGAACCCCAGUCACUCCGAGUGGGAAUGUCUCUAAGUUUUGGAAUUUAAACCAUGGCGAGGAUUGCUUCGCUGCGGAUCACUUGAUCGGGCUCGCAACACGUUCCGCUGUGGAUGAUGUUCCUGAUGAUGGUGUGCAACGCCGUGAAUAGAACAGUGGAUCAAUAGAAGUGUUUGUUCCCCACUUCUUCGUCCUCUGUCUUUGAUAAAUAGUUAUUUGUUCCUUGACUAUAGACCAAAAAGACUCAAAAUUCUGACUUGGAACUCAAGUACCAGAGCUUGCACUCCUUCUCCUCUCCUUUCUCCUUCCCCUCCCCCCAAGCCUUUCCUCAGGACAGCCCAAACAUGUGCUCACAAGCUCGAGCAACAGUUUCCCCAUUUCUGGGGAACGUGUUUACUGUGUUUGGGCUUUUACUUAUCAUUACCUCAUCCUUCUGUGGAAGCCAGCCGCCAACUUUCAAACGAUUCACACCUGCAGAGUGGGGGCUUACACAUUUGGCCAUUCACAACAAAACUGGAGAAGUCUAUGUGGGAGCUGUCAACUGGAUUUUCAAGCUGUCUAGCAACCUAACUAAACUGCGUAGCCACAUGACUGGACCAGUGGUAGACAAUGAAAAGUGUUACCCUCCACCCAGUGUCCAGUCGUGCCCUCACGACCUGGCUCAGACACCCAACGUGAACAAGCUUCUACUCAUUGACUAUGCCCAGAAUCGCCUCAUUGCCUGUGGUAGUACUUCGCAGGGCAUCUGCCAAUUUCUUCGCCUGGAUGACCUCUUCAAGCUGGGUGAGCCUCACCAUCGUAAGGAACACUACCUCUCCAGUGUGGCUGAAUCGGGGACCAUGUCAGGAGUCAUUAUAAGCUCCCCCCAUAGUCCAACAAGCAAGCUUUUCAUUGGAACCCCCAUUGACGGCAAGUCUGAGUACUUCCCAACCCUCUCUAGCCGAAAGUUGAUGGAGAAUGAAGAAAACGCGGACAUGUUCAGCUUCGUGUAUCAAGAUGAGUUUGUCUCCUCUCAGCUCAAGAUUCCAUCUGAUACUUUGUCCAAGUUUCCUGCUUUUGACAUAUACUAUGUUUACAGCUUCAGCAGUGAACAGUUUGUGUAUUAUCUUACAAUGCAGCUGGAUACUCAGCUCACUUCUCCCGAUUCCAGUGGCGAGCAGUUCUUCACCUCAAAAAUCGUACGCCUCUGUGUUGAUGACCCAAAAUUUUACUCCUACGUUGAGUUCCCCAUUGGCUGUACUAAAGAUGGUGUCGAGUACCGGCUGGUUCAGGAUGCCUACUUGGCCCGACCAGGCCGUCAACUGGCAAAUUCUCUGGGGAUUUCUGAGAAUGAAGACAUCCUCUUCACGGUCUUCUCUCAGGGACAGAAGAAUCGUGCUAAGCCACCCAAAGAGUCAGCAUUGUGCCUAUUCACCUUGAGGAGAAUAAAGGAGAAAAUCAAGGAAAGGAUUCAGUCUUGUUACAAGGGUGAUGGGAAACUCUCCUUACCGUGGCUCCUCAACAAGGAACUCGCAUGCAUCAACUCUCCUUUGCAGAUCGACGACAACUUCUGUGGCCAAGACUUCAACCAGCCCCUGGGCGGAACAAGCACCAUUGAGGGGAUCCCCCUCUUCCUCGACAAAGAAGACGGCAUGACCUCGGUGGCAGCAUACGACUACCGUGGAAACACUGUGGCUUUUGUUGGCACGCGCAAUGGCAAACUGAAAAAGAUCUUGGUGAAUUCUGUGAGUCCAAACCGUCCAGCAGUACUCUAUGAGAAGGUGACCUUAAGUGAAGGACGAAGUCCCUUGCUGAGAGACAUGCUCUUCAGCCCAGACCAGCAGUACCUCUACACACUGACUGACAGACAGGUGGUGAGAGUACCAGUGGAGAGCUGUGAGCAGUACACUACAUGCGGGGAGUGUCUAGGCUCCAGAGACCCUCACUGUGGAUGGUGUGUCCUGCACAAUGUCUGCUCGCGAAAGGACCGUUGUGAAAGAGCGGGUGAACCCCAGAGGUUUGCAUCAGACCAAAGGCAGUGUGUGGAGCUCACCGUUCAGCCCAAAAAUAUUUCUGUCACCAUGUCUGAAGUGCAGCUGGUCCUUCAGGCUCGUAAUGUGCCUGAUCUAUCAGCGGGAGUCAACUGCUCCUUCGAGGACUACGUGGAGACCGAGGGACUGAUCCAAGGCGAACACAUUUACUGCCUGUCCCCCUCUGCUCGUGACGUCAUCCCCAUCACACGGAACAAAGGUGACAAGCGGGUGGUGAAGCUUUAUCUGAAAUCCAAGGAAACGGGCAAGAAGUUUGCCAGUGUUGAUUUUGUCUUCUACAACUGCAGUGUCCACCAUUCUUGCCUCUCCUGUGUAAAUGGAUCAUUCCCAUGCUACUGGUGCAAGUAUCGCCACAUGUGCACACAGAAUGCGAAUGACUGCUCCUUCCAAGAGGGACGAGUUAACAUUUCAGAGGACUGCCCCCAGAUUCUACCAUCAACACAGAUCUACAUCCCAGUGGGGGUGACCAAGCCGAUCACCUUAGCUGCCAAGAAUCUGCCCCAGCCGCAAUCAGGACAGAGGAACUACGAGUGUGUGUUCCACAUCCAGGGCGAGACUCUAAGUGUCCCCGCCCUGCGCUUCAACAGCUCAUCUAUCCAAUGCCAGAAGACAGCGUAUGCCUAUGAUGGAAAUGACAUCAGUGACCUUCCAGUGGAUUUGUCUGUGGUUUGGAAUGGAAACUUUAAUAUCGACAACCCUUACAACAUAAAAGCUCAUCUGUAUAAAUGCUAUGCACUGAGAGACAGCUGUGGGAUGUGUCUGAAGGCCAACCCCAGAUUUGAGUGUGGCUGGUGUGUGCAAGAGAAGAAGUGCUCCCUCAGGCAGGAGUGCACUCCUACAGAGAGCACUUGGAUGCAUGCCACCACGGGAAACAGCCGCUGUGCACACCCCAAGAUCACCAAGCUAUUUCCUGAGACUGGGCCCAGACAGGGAGGAACCAUGCUGACAAUCACCGGAGAAAAUUUGGGUCUCCAGUUCAAGGACAUCCAGAAUGGAGUCCGCAUUGGAAAAGUGGCAUGCAACCCUCAAGAAGACCAGUACAUCAGUGCUGAGCAGAUUGUGUGUCGACUGAAUGAUGCAACAGGUUACCGGGUGCAGGAGGCUCAAGUCGAGGUGUGUGUGAGGGACUGCAUUCAUCCUGACUACAAAGCGAUUUCCACCAAGGCUUUUACAUUUGUGUCUCCAUACUUCACCCAUGUCAGGCCGUCCACUGGACCGCUGUCUGGAGGGACAAGGAUCACCAUAAAUGGGAGUAACCUAAACGCAGGCAGCGCUGUCUAUGUAAAGAUAGGACUCCAUGCCUGCCGCUUCGAGAAGCGAAACAGCACCGAGAUAGUGUGUGUGACCCCAGCCGGACAAGCUCCAGGCCCUACCCCGGUCAUGGUGGACAUCAACUCAGCCGAGCUGAGAAACCCGGAGGUCAAGUUCAACUACUCAGAUGAUCCCACCAUCCUCAAAAUUGAACCCGACUGGAGCAUUGCCAGUGGAGGGACCAUGUUGACCGUUACGGGAACCAAUUUGAUGACUAUCAAAGAACCCAAGAUGAGGGCUAAAUAUGGAGCUGCCAAGUCAGAAAAUAACUGCACCGUAGUCAACAACACGGUGAUGGUGUGUCUCGCUCCCUCCGUGGUCGGGUCUGACAAAGUUUUCUCCGAGAUGGGGAGCAGUCCAGAUGAAAUUGGCUUCAUCAUGGAUAAUGUGCAUUCUGUGCUGGUGGUCAAUGAGACAUUUAGCUACCAUCCAGACCCUGUGUUUGAACCUCUGAGCCCGAAUGGCAUGUUGGAGCUAAAGCCCAGCUCUCCACUUAUACUCAAGGGCCGUAACCUAAUUCCUGCAGCCCCUGGAAAUACAAAGCUGAACUAUACAGUGCUGAUUGGGGAGACACCAUGCGUUCUCACCUUGUCAGAGAGCCAGCUACUGUGUGAGUGGCCCAACCUGACUGGAGAACACAAAGUCACUGUGCGUGUCGGAGGCUUUGAAUAUUCGCCGGGGACCUUGCAAAUCUACUCGGACAGCCUUCUCACUCUGCCUGCCAUCAUUGGUAUUGGAGGAGGAGGCGGCCUGCUGUUGCUGGUUAUUAUCGUGGUGCUGAUCGCUUACAAGAGGAAGUCCCGUGAUGCAGACCGCACCCUCAAACGACUCCAACUGCAGAUGGACAACCUGGAGUCCAGGGUAGCCCUCGAGUGCAAGGAAGCAUUUGCAGAACUGCAGACUGACAUCCAUGAGCUCACUCAGGAGCUUGACGGAGCAGGAAUCCCCUUCCUGGACUACCGCACCUACGCCAUGAGGGUCCUCUUUCCUGGGAUCGAGGACCAUCCUGUGCUCAAGGAGAUGGAGGUACUGGUCCCAGCUAACGUGGAGAAGGCUCUGACGUUGUUCGGACAGAUGCUGACCAAAAAGCACUUCCUGCUGACCUUCAUCCGCACCCUUGAAGCACAGCGUUCCUUCUCAAUGCGAGACCGCGGCAAUGUGGCCUCCCUCAUCAUGACUGCACUGCAGGGGGAAAUGGAGUACGCUACAGGCGUCCUUAAACAACUCCUGUCUGACCUCAUCGACAAGAACUUGGAGAGCAAGAAUCACCCAAAGCUCUUACUCCGGAGGACGGAGUCAGUGGCUGAGAAGAUGCUCACCAACUGGUUCACUUUCCUGCUUUACAAGUUCCUCAAGGAGUGUGCUGGUGAGCCUCUCUUCAUGCUGUAUUGUGCCAUGAAGCAGCAAAUGGAGAAGGGGCCCAUAGAUGCAAUCACAGGAGAGGCCCGCUACUCCCUCAGCGAGGACAAGCUCAUCAGACAGCAGAUUGACUACAAGACUUUGACACUGCACUGUGUGAACCCAGAGAAUGAGAACGCUCCCGAGGUGACUGUAAAGAGUCUAAACUGUGACACAGUGACACAGGUGAAGGAGAAGCUCUUGGAUGCCGUGUACAAGGGCACACCCUACUCUCAGAGACCAAAGGCCUCCGAUAUGGACCUGGAAUGGCGACAAGGAAGGAUGGCUCGCAUCAUCCUUCAGGAUGAAGACGUGACCACGAAGAUCGACAAUGACUGGAAGAGACUCAACACCCUGGCUCACUACCAGGUGACGGAUGGCUCAGUAAUUGCCUUGGUACCCAAGCAGAACUCUGCUUACAACAUCUCCAACUCCUCCACAUUCACCAAAUCUCUCAGCAGAUACGAGAGCAUGCUGAGAACAGCCAGCAGUCCUGACAGCUUGCGCUCCCGAACCCCAAUGAUCACACCUGACUUGGAAAGCGGCACCAAACUCUGGCACUUAGUCAAGAACCACGACCACUCAGACCAGAGGGAGGGGGACCGAGGGAGCAAGAUGGUCUCUGAGAUCUAUCUGACCCGGCUGCUGGCCACCAAGGGCACCCUCCAGAAGUUUGUGGACGACCUGUUUGAGACCAUCUUCAGCACAGCCCACAGAGGCAGCGCCUUGCCGCUUGCCAUCAAGUACAUGUUUGACUUCCUGGACGAGCAAGCCGACAAACACUCCAUUUCAGACUCAGACGUGCGGCACACUUGGAAGAGCAACUGCCUCCCCCUGCGCUUCUGGGUGAACGUGAUCAAGAACCCGCAGUUCGUGUUCGACAUCCACAAGAACAGCAUUACAGACGCUUGUUUGUCUGUGGUGGCCCAGACCUUCAUGGACUCCUGUUCCACGUCCGAGCAUAAAUUAGGGAAGGACUCGCCGUCCAACAAGCUGCUUUACGCUAAAGAUAUCCCCAACUACAAGAACUGGGUGGAGAGGUACUACUCCGAUAUCUCCAGGAUGUCGGCCAUCAGUGACCAGGACAUGAGUGCCUACCUGGCGGAGCAGUCACGACUGCACGCCAACCAGUUUAACAGCAUGUCUGCCCUCCAUGAGAUCUACUCCUACAUCGUCAAGUAUAAGGAGGAGAUCUUGUCGGCGUUGGAGCGGGACGAGCAGGCGAGGAGACAGAGACUGCGGAGCAAGCUGGAGCAGGUCAUCGACACAAUGGCCCUGACGAGCUGAGGAUCGUCCGGCGCGGGUAUCUAUCCGUCUCCCCUCCCUCGCCCCACCGCGCUCCCACACACAACAAACCAAGUGACCCCUGACAAUACAACCAACACAAACUCCAAAAGCAUUGAAGCGGUAUACUUUAAAACGGAGGAGGGGGUUCGGCAGAGAUGGGCGGGUCUGUGUAUGCCUACGUGUGUUCGUGUGUGUGUGUGUGUGUGUCCGUGUCCGCAGUCCCACGCGCGUGUGCGUGUGAGAGAGCGAACAUUUUCACGCACUCCGUUCACGGAGAAGGUGUCGGUGACAGCUUUUGGGUUCUGUGUAUGUGUGUUUGACUGAGUUUGGAGCAAAGACACAAAGAACUCCAUGCAGGGCCUCGCGUGCACAGUGGAGCCAACUGAGAGAAAAGCUUUGUGGCUCACGUGUCAGGAUGUUGGCUUGGUUUUUUUGGUUUUGUUUUUUGGUAUAAAUGUAAUCAACUGCCCACUCUCUGAUCUCUCGCCACUUGUAUUACUGCUGAAUUUGCACAAUUUACAGAAACGCUACAAAUGAAGACUAUAUAGAUGUUAUAUAUAAAUACAGCUAUGUUUUUAAAGAAAGAUUAGGGAGAGAGCAGUGGGUUCCACCACCCCCCCCCCCCUUUUUUUUCGGUUUUAAUCAAGAGAGCAAUCCAGAGAAAAAAAUCCAACAAUGAAUUUGAUAGUUGAAGUGUAAAGAAAAACACUACAAACAAAAAAAAAAGAAAAAAAGUCGUACUGUGCCAUGUUUCCUUUGAAUGUUGUUUAGUGCAAAGACAUUUUGUUAGAUGGAAUGUGCUACCGUAUGAUUUUAAAUAUGAACAUGCCUCGUGACUGAAAUGACACAUUUGAGACUGACAGAAGAAGAAAAAAUGACAAAAGACAGCUAGCAGCAGCCAGUUAGUUUAGGGGUCAUGCUGCUGUGUCCACUUGAAACAGUGCAAUGGUUUUUGGGUGGGAACACCAAAUUAGCCCUCACAGGAUUGUUGCUCGACCUGAUUCCGCUCUGCUUUGUUCCAUGACGGCCUGACACACGUUUAGUGACGUGGCCAUGAGAGCUGCCCGCUGUGUUGCAGGAGCUGAGUGAGGUCAGGUGGCACUAAGCUGUCGUGUUGAACAAAGUGGGAUGGUGUCUUUCUUAGCCUGAAGCAACAUGUUUUAUUCAUGUCCAAAAUGUUCAUAGCUGGACACAGAUGUGCUGAGUGGAUAUUGUCUAAAGGGAGGGCACCAUCCUCAUAACCGGCAGCUCUUCUUUGUCAAGCUGGCCAAAUGCAACCAGUGGCUUUUAAGACAAUUCUCCUUUUUUCUCCCGCCAACACUCAAGUUAGCUUCUUUUUGACUUUCUGGUGAGAAAACUAGUUUUUAUUUUGUUUUUCUGCCUGCCCAAAACCAAACUGUGGUCUAUAUAAUGUUUUCAUUUGUAAAUUGUAUACUUUCUCACGUGUUCAUUUUGUAAUCAGGUUGUUGUUUUUUCCCCCAACAUGUAAAUUGUACAUUUGAUGGUACGCUGAAGGAAAAAAAAAAAAGACAACAACACAAAAACUCUCUUCAGGUAAAAGUACUUGAUGGGACCUCAGUGGGGGUCCAAAUGAUGAGCAUCUGUGUCUUUGUGAUGGAAAUGUGACUUUGCUGCUUUAAACUCUUGUAUUUGGUUUUUCUAUCCCAUCUUUUAGGGCUGUUAUUUAAUGCUGAUCAUAAAUGCUGUGGCUCUACAGUUUUUCUUUAUUUGGUCAGCGCACAUCGCUCAGUUCAAAGUCAACACACUACUUUGUUUCGAUGAGCGAGAUGUGUCGGAACUUCAACUGGAUAUAUUUUAGAUAGUUCCCUUGCCACGUGUAUCGAGUGGGAAUCAUGUAAAGAUGUUCGAUUGAGAACAUGACUAUUUCCUGUCUGUAUGCCUUCAUCAUAUUAGUGCUGCAUCCGUACGUUUUUGGGGGCCGUUACAUGUGAAUGACGAGUACGGAUCAGUACAGUGCAGUGCGCAGACGAUCCCCCGCAGAAGCACACGAGACAAAAAAGUGGUGAUGUGACAAACAUUCUGGACUCAUUCUCUCUCAGGUUCAUGGUCCGCUUGUGUUUUUAAUUCUUCUUUAUGCUUCUUGUUGUUGAUCAAGUGACGGGGGAUGCUUUUAAUAAAGCAUCAGUCAUGUUUGCACUGUUUAGGCUGAUGGUGGACUUGUUCUAAAUGUGCUAUAAAGUAUGUCUGUGACAAACACAUCAUGCUUUGUAAAACAGGCCGAAGAAAAAGUCUUAUCACUCGCCUCUUUUAUUUCCUUUUCUUUUAAAAAAAUCAAUAAAUAAAUACAAAUACAAAAAUCUUAUCUGAGCUGCAUACCAACCAAGACGACCAGAUAUCCAGUUGAGACCAAGUGGCAAAGGAAUUUUAAAAACAUUUUUAGUGUCUCAGACUUGAAGCGACUGUCACACAAGUUUGCAGUUGAACAUUCAUUGUGUAAAUAUUCUGUUGUUUCCUACUUUGCAGAUGUACUACUUGUAAAUAAACAUGCAUCAAGGAGAGAUUAAACUUUUUUUGCUAAAUAAAAA